AUGGGGCUGCAGGUGCCGCCGGAGGAGUCCAACCGGUGCGUGCGCGGGUGCUGCCGCAGCGCCACCAUCCCGUUCCACCUCCCGCCCGCCUCCUUCUCCCUCCUGUCCCCCAUCGCGCGAGUUGCGCAGCCUCGCGCAAGUCUUGCUCUCCGGCCUCGCAGGCAGCCGCCUCCGCCGCCUUCUCCCGGCUGCCCACGCCCGCGCCGUCGUCUCCGAUGGCCUUGGCUUCCUUUACCUCGCGAACCUUCUCCUCCACGGUUACUCCAAGCUCGGCCGCAUCCACGAUGCGCGCCGCCUGUUCGACGGAAUGCCGCACCGGAACCUAGUGUCCUGGUCCUCAGCCAUCUCCAUUACUCGCAGCAUGGCGCCAACGGCCAAGCCCUUGCCCUGUUUGCAGCGUUCAGGAGAUCGUCUGACGAGGCACCCAACGAGUUCUUGCUUGCCAGCGUCAUGCGGGCCUGCAUGCAGUCCAGGGCUGUUCCUUUUGGUGAGCAAGUGCAUGGCAACGCCGUCAAGCUUGGCCUGGAUGUCAAUCUCUAUGUUGGCACUGUGCUCGUCAACCUAUAUGCGAAGGUUGCCUGCAUGGAUGCGGCCAUGCGGGUGUUCCAUGCUCUCCCUGCAAAGAAUCCAGUUACUUGGACAGCAGUCAUCACCGGUUACUCUCGGAUUGGCCACAGCGGACGAGCCCUGGGCUUGUUUCAAAAGAUGGGGGCUCAAGGUGUUCAGCCUGACAGGUUUGUGUUAGCAAGUGCUGUCAGUGCCUGCUCUACGCUUGCCUUUCUACAGGGAGGCAGGCAAAUACAUGGCUACGCUUAUCGAAGUGCAGCAGGAGUGGAUGCUUCCGUUAUCAACGCGCUCAUAGAUUUGUAUUGCAAGUGCUCCAGACCAUUAGUGGCUCGUAAGCUAUUUGAUCGAAUGAAGAACCAUAAUCUUGUGUCUUGGACUACAAUGAUCGCUGGUUAUAUGCAGAAUUCACUUGAUGCUGAAGCCAUAGAAAUGUUCCGGCAGAUGUGUCAGGCUGGAUGGCAGCCAGAUGCUUUUGCCUGUACAAGUAUCUUGAACUCAUGCGACUCAAUGGAAGCUAUAUCGCAAGGAACACAAAUACAUGCCCAUGCCAUAAAGGCUAAUCUGGAGAAUGAUGAAUAUGUCAAGAAUGCUCUCAUUGACAUGUACGCUAAAUGUGACCAUUUAACUGCUGCAAGAGUGGCAUUUGAUGCCUUGGCGCAUGAUGAUGUAGUCUCUUACAAUGCAAUGAUUGAAGGCUAUGCAAGGCAAGGUGAUCUUACAGAAGCAGUUCAUAUAUUCCGUAAAAUGAGAUAUUGCUCUCUAAGGCCAAACCUACUAACCUUUGUUUCGCUACUUGGGAUGUCAUCACUUCUGUCAUCUAUUGAAUGGAGUAAGCAGAUUCAUGGCCUCGUCAUCAAAUCAGGAACUUCAGUAGACCUAUACGUGGGAAGUGCUCUAAUCGAUGCCUAUUCAAAAUCUUCCCUUGUGGAUGAUGCCAAGGCUGUGUUUCUUACGAUGCAAAACAGGGACAUGGCCAUCUGGAAUGCUAUGAUAUUUGGCCACACACAGAAUGAGCAAGGGGAAGAGGUGGUAAAACUCUUCAACCAACUUUGUGUCUCUGGGAUGACACCCAAUGAGUUCACAUUUGUAGCACUAGUAACUGUGGCAAGCAACUUGGCAAGCAUGUUCCAUGGGCAGCAGUUUCAUACCCGGAUCAUCAAAGCAGGUUGUGACAUUAAUCCUCAUGUUUCAAAUGCUCUUAUAGACAUGUAUGCAAAAUGUGGCUGCAUUAAAGAAGGAUGGAUGUUGUUUGAGUCAACAUGUGGGAAGGAUGUUAUUUGUUGGAACUCCAUGAUUACUACGAAUGCACAACAUGGUCAUGCUGAAGAAGCACUUCGUGCUUUCCAGCUGAUGAGAGAGGCCAAUGUAAAACCAAAUUAUGUGACUUUUGUUGGUGUGCUAUCAGCAUGUGCUCAUGCAGGUCUUGUGGAUGAAGGCUUACACCAUUUUAACUCCAUGAAAUCAAAAUAUGGUAUUGAACCGGGCACCGAGCAUUAUGCUUCAGUGGUCAAUCUUCUUGGUCGUUCAGGGAGAUUACAUUCUGCUCAGGAGUUUAUUGAAAAGAUGCCAAUCAAAAUAUGGUAUUGA